AUGGUUAUCAAAGCCGAUCCCUCGCGAAACUACUAUGCCGACCUCAAGGUUCCCGCCAACGCCAGCGAGAACGAGAUUCGCAAGGCCUUCCGGACGCUGGCGCUGCAGUAUCACCCAGAUCGAAACCCUGGGCGCGAAGCCGAAUUCGUUAUUCGCUUCCAAGAGAUCCAGGCCGCACACGAGAUACUAUGUGAUGCACCCUCGCGAGCAAAGUAUGAUUCCGAUAGAAGGAAACACCGCAAUGUGUCUGCUCCUGGGAACACACCGAAUACACCGAAAACGAGACCGCCGCCACCUCCACGGAACGCAUACUCUACAACCACGCCCCAAGGAACUUACUAUCGUGCUCCUCCUCCGAAACCACAGGCCCAAGCACGCCCUCCCCCACCGCAACACCAUAACACAUACAACAACGGCGCGGACAGGUUCACGAAUAGAAACUUCCGCCCGCCACCAACGGCGCAGCGACCAGACGCAAAGGCAAGGGAUGCCGAGGCUCGGGCGAAUGUCUUCACAGCAUGGCAGAAAAUGAAGCAGCCGCGGGGCGAGGAUCCUCGACAGCACAACCCCAGUGCCCAUAACACUUCGCAGAGCAAUCCGCAGAACAACCCCAACGGUACUCCCUUCGGCCGCAGUCAAAGUACAAGAGUUCCUUCUUCCAAGACAGGAUUUGACCCCUCGACACCAGGCGUCGAUGAAGGCCAGGCACGGUCAGCGUAUAGGAACUAUGCCCGUCCGGCUCCAACUCCACCCACCUCUACGACUCCCCCGAAGGACAGCCAAGCCGACGAUGCCCCAUAUUCCGAAGCCAACCGCGUUCGCACACCAUACUACUCCCAUGUAUCGGGCGAGCGUACUUCCAUGUUUGACGGGAUUGGAAGGUCCUCUAGUGUGCGCAACUCACCGACACAUACACACAGAGCAAGCCAUUCGCAAGACGCUGGCGCAUACUCAGACUCGGGCCGCAGAACACAGGGGAAGAAGUCCAAUGCGAAGCCGAAUCCCUUUGCUCACGGUUAUCCUGACUCUAGCGAUGAAGAGUCCGAACCAGAAGUCUUCAACAGCGGCAACAAACACCGUGAUCCACCACCUCCACCACCGCAAAACACAAGACCGCCCCCGCCAACCUGGGCAGAAAGCAACUUCACAACCCCCGACCCAAAACGGCAGAGUAACGGCGGGACGGGGAACAUACCCAACAGCUUCAAGAGCAGGAGUGAAGAAAGCAUCAAUAUGAAGUUCUCGCCUUCGGACUGGCACGGCAAGUUCGAAGGCAGUGAUAGUUACUUUGCUCCUAACAUGCAAAAAGGUGCCAACGGGAAAGGUCGAGCCUCUCCAACCCGCGGCAGAUCACAACGAAACGCGACGGAUCGCAACCCAUUCAGCACACGGCCAAUGGGUCCCCCCGUUUCGCCAUUUGGACAGUCGAUACCUCCGCCUCCUCCGGGGCCACCCCCUGGCAUCAACUUCGCUCCGCCUAAGAUGGCGCCACAUACUGCCAAGUUCAGUCCUCAAGACUGGCAAGAGACGUUCAAGGAUCCGAACUGGGUGUACAACGAAUCGAAGGAGACAUCGCCUCGUCGACCGUCGGAGACUACAAAACGGCCAAAGGCUGCGCGAAAGGCGUCUGUACACCAGAACGGAGCUUCGAAGGCUCAGGAGUCAACUGAUGCGUCGCGACCUAAAUACCAGGCAUUUGCUGAAGAGCCAGUAAACGGCGACGUAGAUGCCAUGGACAUCGACUCUGGCCCACUAUCGAACGCAAAGCCAGCUAAGAAGGGCACACGCACAGCGCCAACGUCACCGAAACUAAACACAUCGGGUGUAGGCGCCAUGCCGAACGGCUCUGCUACUGCACCUUCGUCCGCUACUACCGCAAAACCGCCUGUUGGAGGGCUAAAUAGUCUCGGUCCAGACAUGAUAAAUCCAGUUGUUGAGCCUCAAAGCAACGGACUUUCUGGGAUGGGCUCUGUUGGGGAUGCACUCCCAUUCCCUUCACAAGCUUCCAACUUACACCCCGUCAAGACCAACGCUGCCAAGAAUCUCAAGUAUCCCGAGAUACCUUAUGCACCUCCCCCACCAGCCAAGGUGGAUCUGGACUCCGCGAACCACUAUUUUGACCGCAUGCGCAUCUACGUCAAAUCAUACCGAAACUACUGCAAAGUCCUUACUGGCCACUUUGCUGCACGAAGCAGCGAGAUGGAGGACCUGGACGACAAUUUCAUCCACAACCGCGGCGAGACAACCAAGAAGCUUGGGUUUGCGAGCUAUCUGGCUAAGAUGGAGGAAGACGAGAGCGUCAUGGAGACAUGGAAGCUUGCACAGGAGCGGCACAUUGCUGCGCUGCAACAGUGUGAAGAUGUGCGGAACAAGACCAUGAAGCUGUACCAGACCCUACAGACUUGA